UCCCAAUAUUUAAGCAUGGCUACUUACAGAUGAAUUACAUCAUAAUUCAUUUGCUCUUAGCCAAAAAACAUUAAGGCAUGGCUAUUGUGAAAAACCAAUCAGGCAGUUAUGUUCAGUUCACAGUGAUCCUGAUAGGUUUAUUACUAUUUCCAUUGCCUUCUCAAUCUUCAGAUCCUGAUCCUUUACAGGAUUUCUGCAUCGGGGACACAAAAAGCGAGUUUUCCGUUAAUGGAUUUCCGUGCAAGCCUGCCACGAAAGUCACUUCAGACGAUUUCUUUUUCGACGGGCUAAGCCAAGAGGGAAACACGAGUAAUCUCUUUGGAAGCAAUGUAACCCAAGCCAAUGUUGUGGCAUUUCCGGGCCUCAACACGCUCGGGAUCUCCAUGAAUCGAGUCGAUAUUGCUCCAGGGGGAAUCAAUCCACCCCACUCCCAUCCACGAGCGACCGAGACCGGAGUUCUGAUCAACGGGAAGCUCCUGGUUGGAUUGAUAACAACUGGGAAUGUGUUUUACUCCAAAAUCUUGAGUCCUGGACAAAUGUUUGUGAUUCCUAAGGGACUUGUACAUUUCCAGAUGAAUGUUGGAGAAGAAAAGGCUUUGACUUUCACUGCUUUUAACAGUCAUUUGCCUGGUGCUGUUGUCGUUCCGACGAAUCUUUUUGCUUCAAAGCCUUCUGUUCCUGAUGGUGUUUUAACCAAAGCUUUUCAAGUUGAUAAAAGAGUGAUCGAUGAAAUCAAAUCCAAGUUUGGCGCUUAACACUGUUUUCUGGGAAUACUUUAUACUUUUGGGGGUUGAAGUUUGCAUGUUCUUUUAUAGCUCAAAAGAGGGGGAAAAAAUUGGAAAUAAGAUAUUCAAAUAAGACAUUUUUUUUAUGUAUCUCACCAGAAAAUCA